GUAGAGAUCAUGAUGACUCGACCAAGAUCUCUUCAUCGUUCGCCAUCCGAGGAGGAAUUCUCUCAUUCCGCCUCUUCAAGCUUAUCGCAAUUCUCACAAGUGGUAUUGAUUCCGCACAUCGUACUCAUCAACGCCAUCCAAAAACCUAUAUAAUCCAAUGUCAGAAAACGGUAGAUUUGUAUCCUCGGUCAUCUUCAACAGAUACCUAUUCACCUCAUUUUCAAGUGGAUCUCUCAAUGGCUCUUUCUUUCAAAGAAGCACUUCAACGGCUUGAGAACCGUCGCGUCAAAGCGACGCGUCCAUUAAUUCCACCUCAAAUCCUGCAGGAAGACCUCCCUUUGACUUUUCUUGCUGCGAACACCGUAAUUGAGGGACGUCGGGCAACCGAAAAUGUACUCAGAGGCGAUGAUGACCGGCUGAUGGUGGUGGUUGGUCCCUGCUCGGUUCACGACGCGGGUGCGGCUAUCGAAUACGCAAAACUGCUCAAAGCCUAUGCAGACGUGGCUAAGGACGACUUGCACAUUGUUAUGCGCGUGUAUUUUGAAAAACCUCGGACGACUGUCGGAUGGAAAGGUUUGAUUAACGAUCCCGAUAUGAAUGGUAGUUUCCAGAUCAACAAGGGUCUGCGCAUUGCACGCAGUCUGCUUUUAGAUAUUGCCAAACUUGGUGUGCCUGCUGGCUGCGAGUUCCUCGAUACAAUUUCGCCUCAGUACACUGCCGAUUUAGUAUCAUGGGGAGCUAUUGGCGCCCGCACCACGGAAUCUCAAGUGCACCGAGAGCUGACCUCUGCACUGUCGAUGCCCACUGGAUUCAAAAAUUCGACCGACGGAUCCGUUAGCAUUGCGAUAGAUGCAUCGCGUGCCGCUCGGAGUGGUCAUGUCUUCCUUAGUGUGGGCAAAGAAGGCCUUAGCAGUAUCAUCGAAACCGAGGGCAACCCGGACACACAUGUAAUCUUGCGUGGGGGCUCUAAAGGCCCUAAUUAUACCGCAGAAUACGUCCGUGACUGUGGCGAGAAGCUUUCCAAAGCUGGUCUUCCUUGUAAAAUCAUGAUUGAUUGCAGUCACGGAAACAGCCAAAAACAACAUCGUAGGCAGAUAGAAGUUGUAGAAGAUAUCGCGCAACAACUGGAGAGUCAGGACACGUCGGCGUUCAUCAUGGGUGUUAUGCUUGAAUCUAAUCUCGUCGAGGGGCGGCAAGAUGUACCGUCGAGUGGUCCUGCUGGCCUCAAAUAUGGCCAGUCAGUCACCGAUGCUUGUCUGUCCUGGGACAUGACCGUCCCCGCCCUUGAGCGUUUGCGUGAAGGUGUUCGCGCUCGCCGAGAGUUGGUUUCUCGAAAAUCCAAAGGCUUGGAGCCUCUGGCUAACGGCGUGAAGGAACUGAAGCUUAAUGAUGCCGGUGGCAUCGACGUCGUCAACAGCCACUAAUGCAGUGUGCAUUAUGUGUUGGUUUUACUGUUCAUCAUCAGCUAUUUUUAUUUUCAAUCGCAUAUGUAGAUAUCGAAAUGUACACUAUUUUAUUUAGAGAAAUGUCUUGUCUUUCAGCA